AUGGGAGAACUCAUACACCCGGAGGCACCUCUAUCCAUUCUGCUUGCCCCACUAGACACUCAGGUCGCUGCAAUGUCAGAGCACGUGGAGCUGUGCCAUGACUCAGGGCGUGUACCUUCAAAGAUUGAUCCACCAGUCGGAGCACUGUAUGAAGACGAAGAUCAUUGUCAAGGAUCUGGUCCCAAGCUUUGUGUGGCGUUCGUCGGAAUGGGAUCGCAACAUCCAGCCAUGGGUCGUCGGCUCGCGGAAAGAUACCCUCCAUUCCUUGCUUCCAUCAAGGAAAAUGAUAGGAUCCUGAUGGAGGUUUAUGGCCUACCAUCGUUAUUGGACCGCACGGGCCUCUUCAUUCCGGGCGCUGAGUGCUCCCUGAACGCGAGUGGUGCCUGGUCAUUAAAUGAUGUUAUUCUAUCAUUUGCAUACUUACAAAUCUCCUUGUGGGAUCUCAUUCGAAAUUUGGGAUUUAAAGCAAAUUUUGCUGUUGGCACAAGCAUAGGGGAGAUAGUGAUGGGCUACGCGGCAGGCCAUUAUGAUAGAUCAACCACAAUCGGGAUUGCCGCGGCCUUCGCUACUACCAUGUCUGAAGUCGAGGGAAACGGUGCCACCAUCUUUGUCGCGGUCAGUCCACGACAAGCACAGUUCAUCAUCGAUGACGUACUGCUUCAAGCGGGGGUGACAUCCGGCCUUUGGGUUUCAGCCUUUCAUUCUCCCCACGCCGUUGCCAUCGCCGGUACCCAUCCCCUCAUAAACGCAUUAUUUGCUUUCCUAAACAACUCUAAGACCUUCUCAGAUACAUUUGCAAUGCGGCUUCCUCAAGUUGGGUGCGCAUUCCAUACACCAUUGAUGGAACCAAUCGAAGUGCCAUUCAAGGCAGCACUGGAGAAUCUAGACCUAGACCGAAAGUCGGAUACGGGGACACGUGAAGUGCGAAUAAUGUCCACCGUUGACAGUACUUGGCUCAAUAGGCCGCUUAAUAGCGACUACUUCUGGGACAACGUUCUCCGCCCAACGAAAUUCGGUGACAUCGUGCAGAAGCUCGUUGAUGACGAGGGCGAGAAUAUCAUUAUCCUGGAGAUCGCUGCUCACUCAGCAAUGAAAACUUGCGUAGAACAAUGUGGAGCUCGUUAUGUCGGGCUGAUCCAACGACCUGCCCCGGACUCCGAGUCCUUGGUCGAUGGAUCAAACGAAUGUAUUCAGCUUCUUGAAGCAGUCCAGCAUCUUUAUGAUGCUGGGUUCAGGAGCGAACUCCCGCCAGGGGUGUUUGAACAAGCCCUUGAACUCCUUCGUGCCGGUAAAUAG